AUGAAGGGUACGGUAAAUAGCGUCUAUAAGCAACUAUAUAAGAUCAUCGGGGCCCUACAGCCCUUUGCUAAAGAUCCUGAGGUACAGGGAGACGCCGCAUGUCACGCAAAUGCUAAUCUACGCGUCUCACGACAUAUUUCCGACAGAUUGAAGGAACUGCUUUGGGAAGAAGACGCUGCUGUAGUUGAUCCAGAGAACAGGCCCCAAACAUCUCGCUCGGGGUAUGCGAAAAAGAGUUCGUCCGGGGAAGACGCUGUUGUACCUGAGACGCUAUCCGACUCCGACACAGCACCCUGUGGCGACGAUACGAGUAUACCUAGUGAGACUGAAACGGCUCGUUAUAUUGAGUUCGACACUGAAAAAGGUGCUGAGAGCAAUUACUCAAGUUACACGUACUGGACCGUCGAGACUGGGGGGCGUGUCUCGUACACCACCAAACCGGUAUAUGCAACGAAACGCUCAAAAGCGGUCACGCUCUUAGAAGAAGCCGAAGCAUUCGUUUCUAAUGCUAUAUGGGGAGAGAAAGAAGCGGCAAAAAUGCAGAACACACCCAGACAUCUGCUGGUUCAGGCCGCACAAGUAGCAUCAAGGGCAUUCUUUGACCCUGACUAUCGCAACUACCUCUACUCUGUCUACGUGGCAUGA